UUUUCGUAGAAGAAUUCCAAGGUUCUGAAGAGUGAAAUCUUGGACCAAGCGUGGCGGAAUGUCGGCGGCCAAAUGCGUUUGCAUGGGUCCAGCUCCAAACUCUGCGCCGCCAUUCAGCAUGGGAAUGGCAGCUCGGCAAUUCUCGCAGUCGCCGUGUCCGUGUACCAAGUGCAAGGAUCGGGCACGGGAGCGACACGAGGCGCAGAUUCAGGCGAUUGCCAAUAGCAAAUCGGGAAUUUGUGGGCAAUGCGUUAAGGGAAUGGUAAUUGGCAAGCCACCGGCAAUGGCAAUGGGCGCUGGACCAGGAUCUAAUUUUAAGGAGGAACCAUGCCAAUGCCCUGGCAGUCGAAUGGGUCCGGGAAUGGGUGCGGGAAUGGGAGCAGGCAUGGGUCCGGGAAUGGUAGCAGGCAUGCCUCCAGGAUCUUGUAUGAGACAAGGAAUGGGACCAGGAAAUAGACCAGGAAUAGGUCCAGGAAUGGGACCAGGAAUGGGACAAGGAAAUAGACCUGGAAUGGGACCAGGAAAUAGACCUGGAAUGGCACCCGGAAUGGGACCCGGAAUGGGACGCGGAAUGGGACCCGGAAUGGGAACCGGAAUGGCACCCGGAAUAGGACCCGGAAUGGCACCCGGAAUGGGACCCGGAAUGGGACCCGGAAUGGGACCCGGAAUGGGACGCGGAAUGGGACCCGGAAUGGGACCCGGAAUGAGAAACGAAAUGGGAACCGGAAUGGCACCCGGAAUGGGACCCGGCAUGCGAAACGAAAUGGGAACUGGAAUGAAUCCAAAUCGCUCCAAAGACCAAGGCUGUAGUCCAAUAAAUACGGGCACCUCGAACAGUCCCAAGUGCCAAUGUGAAGGUGCGAUAAUUGAUGCUGGACGUCCGUCGCCAGACAUGGGACCGUAUAGGCCCAAUGACAGCUCGGAUGAACCUACCGCUAUAGUAUUCGGUGGAUUGACGGAAUUGCGAAAGUCGAGCAUGACCGAAAGUGGCUACCAAGUAAAUGAGUUUCCAAUGCUCCGAUCGAGCUGCGCUGGCAACUUGGAUUACGACGAUUAUGGGAAUAAUGCGUGGCCGACCGAACGAUAUACAACAAUUGAAGAGCUUUCUGGUCGGGAUACAUUUGGGUUGCCGGUUCGAUUGCAGGGCAAUACCGGAAUUCUCAAUACCGGAAAUGGUGGCUUGUGCCGGGGCAAUGCGUCCUGCGAUAAAUAUUGUGGCCCAGAUACCGGUUGCAAUUCAGCCUGUGCUAAGAGUCACCCUGUAAGUGGAGCUGUAGCUGCAUUUGGAUUUGGUGGUCGCAAGAUUCCGUCUUCCGGAGCCGUGGGUAUUCAUGUCUGCAGCAACGAGUAUAUCAAUAUGAUCUUAACCUUCCUUAUGGAGGUGCUGGGAAUACUUGUCUUCUUUUCCAUUUGCGUCAUCACCUUUUGGAUUACGUUGGGCUACUACAUUGUCCAGUUGCUGAUUGAUCUCAAGAAUGCCGAACGCAAUGUGCAUGUGGCCGUUGGCAUCGUUCUCAGUUUGUUGUUUUUGGCGUUUGCCAUUACAUUGGUUACCCACACCGAUGGAUCCUGUCGAAAUCGUGUCACGGCCAUUCGUAAAGGCAUCGAAUCAUCCGCCACCACCUCCGUGGCCAACUGCAAGAGAUGCACCAAAUCGGCCACAGCUGCUGUCAAACGAUCCUGCGCUAUGAAAUGCAAAAUGAGCUCAAAACCCAAACUCAAACCAGGUCCACCACAGACUCAAAUAUCCAGCAUAAUGUCGGCAAAAUCCAUAUUGCCGGCUAAACCCAAAUGCCAAUUGGCCUGCCAGAAGAAGCACAAGAGAUUCAAGAAAUCGAAAGCAUCACGAAGUUAUACAGAUUGUCAGGGUCGUGCCAUAUUCGAUAGAUCACGACGUAACUCCAUACUCAUUGAAAUGAAACAGCCGCCCACGUGGAUCAUUUGGUUGCGCGAAUACGCUAACGAAUUCUUCAACAGACAAUAAUUCUAUUAUAUACACUUUUUUUUUCAUUUUCGAUCAGUCCCAAAUUCAUAGUCUUAUCCCCUUAUAAUAUUAAAUUGGCAAUCAAGGAAAAUAAACUUAGCUAUUGAAGCCAUUUUAUAUU